AUGGUAAUAUUUUCUGGAUUUAUAAUAUUUAUACUUUUUUUUACUAUCAUAAAUGGAAAUAAAAUUAAUAAAAACUCUGAAAUUUUUUUAAACAUAUCUUUACCAUAUGAUAUAUAUAGAUGGAAAUGUGAAAAUGAAAUACUUUUCAAGCAGGCAUCAUUAUAUAUAUCAGAGACACCAAAUGACAUUGAUACAAUUUCAAAGAAAAUACAAUCAUUUAUAAAAAGUUUUGAUACUCACUAUUGGAUAAGUUUGGUUAUUAGUUACGAAAGAAUGACAACCUUCUCCUAUCCAGAAGGUAAUGCUGGAGAGGGUUUAUGUUAUAUAUCUGUUGAUCAACUUCAAUUAAUUCUCGUCCUUGCCAGAGUACAUUAUUAA